GCCACGGACGUUUGAGUGCAAGAUACAUGUGAAUGUGAAUAUACGACACGUUGGUAGCAUUUUAAUUAAGGGGCGGAGCAAAAUUACGAUACACGUCACUCAUUCUGUCUACGUGGAUUAAAUUAAACAUUCGUGUGGAAAUACUGUUUAGCUUAAGCGAAAUUUUAAACUGGGAGUUUUAUUGAUAUUUGGUGUUUGAUAUACGUGAACAUUAAAGGUAAAUAAUAAUGAAAUACAAAAUAUCAUGUUUUCACAGACUUUGCGACAGCGUGUCUAUGUUCGUCUUCGAGAAUCCCUGGCAGAUAGUUCUGGCAUGUUUUAUUAUUCAAACACUUUUUGGUCUUUGUUUUCUCUCGUUACAUCUGAACAAUGACAUUAAAGAUUUGUACCUACCAGAGAAUACACAAACGGAAAAAACGGAAAGUGACAUUCUUCAAACGUAUUCAAAACAAUCUGAAUUGAACUUUAUACCUCAUGCCACAAUCAAACCUAGUCUGCAGGCGGACAUUAUAUUUUACAGCAAAAACAGAUCUGUUCCAUUAAAUUGGAGGGAAGUACAAGAUGUUUUUAGUCGGAUUGAAAGCAUUGAGACAACAACAUUGUACCAACGAAAUGUAUCGAUAAAAAAAGUGUGUGCUACCUGGAAUGGAACAUGUGUUAUAACAAACAUGACCAUAGAAGACAGAGAAUCAAAUACAUACAGUAAAAUGUCCGUCUUCCUUAGACAGGACACUGAGGGGCGCCUUGCAGAAUCGACUCUAUGGCUUGAUAAAUUUACACAAACGAUGACAAUACUUACCUCUGAGACAACUGGCUUCGUGUUCAGCACUUCAUUAUCGUUUUACGAUCGACUCAAUUCGGACACGUACAUAGACAUACGAUAUUUCGGUCUAGUUUUUACUGUGUUUAUGACAUACUGUGGAUUCCUUCUUUCGGGCGGCGAUUGCUUGACCAAGCAAGCAAACAUCGGUAGAAUGGGACUGAUUGUCACCCCCUUGAGUGUAAUGGGCGCAUGGGGUCUCUUGACUGGUUGCGGUGUUGCCUUCACAAACAUGACUGGAGUGAUGCCAUUAGUCGCGCUUUUUUUACAGGUGAAUAAUGUGCAGUACACACUGAUGAAACUGGCUGGAACCUCGGGCAUUCCUGAUGCCAAGACUCGCAUUCAACAGACUGUCCGUGAAAGUACAGUUUCUGUAUUUGCGGCAACAAUCACCGCUACCGUACCUUUUGCUGCAGGCCUUUUCUCAAGCUACAAGUCAACUCGACUAGUCUGCCUGUACACAGUGGUGACUAUGUGUUUUUCCUAUAUCAAUCAUUGGACGAUGUUCCUUGGGUGUUUGGUCAUUCAUGAAAAACGCAUCGAUGCAAACCGCCAUUGCUGCACAUGCAGAAAAAUUAAUUUGCCCGACGACGACGAUAUUCAAGAUAAAAGUUCAUGCUUUAAAUGUUGCUGUACUGGCCGUCCACCAAGGUCAGACACAGACACACAGAGCACGUUACAGAAGAUUCCUAGAUUCCUUCUCUCUCGUUUGGUUCUUUCCUUGCCUUGUAAAAUAUUUUCAACAUGUCUCUGUUUGGUCUUUCUCGGAACAUCAAUUUUCUUUGCCAGUAAAACAACAGCCGAUAUUUACCAUGAAAACUUCAUAAAAAAAGGGUCUUACUUUUAUGAUUACAAUAUUGUAAAUGAAAAAUACUUUCCUGAUAAUAUUAUUAUAACUUUUGCCUCUAAAUAUAGCUCAGAAAUCACUACUGAAAACUUUGAAUCUGUGCGCAGGAACCUAAAGAAAUAUAUUGAUGCAAAAGAAGCGUUUCUAUGUAAUGAGACCAUUUUUUGGUUUGACGAAUAUAUCAACGUCGUUCACAAGAAUAGGUCGCACGAUUUCGCUUUGUCAUUGCGUAGUUUUCUGUCUAUGUACCCCGAAUUUAAACAGGACAUUGUUUUCAGCAAUGACGGGUCUAAAAUCCGAUCAUUUAGAUUUUACCUCAAAACUAGGCCUAAGCAAGAUAUUGUUAAAUUGCAUUCUCAGUUCGGCAAUGAAGCUGUUCUAGGUGAGCAGGUAUUUGAUGUUUAUUCUCCGAACUUUAUUUGGGUAGAUUCCUAUCAAAGGGCCUUUUUGGAAACAUUUGUAUUUAUGGGGAUAGAGUGUCUUGUCAUUGUCGUGACUUUGGGUGUAAUAUGCAGAGAUCCUGUACUUACAGUUUAUGCCUGUAUUUGGUAUGGUUUCGCUUGUGUAGGAAUAUUUGGUUUAAUUAAUAUUCUUGAUGUUUCUAUCACGUCUGUUUGUUCAAUCGUUCUAAUGUUUGGUGCAACAUACAGUUGCAAUGUGAUUGUCUAUAGUCACCUGUCGUAUUUUGAGUCAGAAGGCACUGAUAUCGCUUCCAGAACCUAUAAUGUGUUAGUCGGGACAACUUCCUCAUUAUUUAACACGCUGUUUGCUACAUUACUUGGGCUUAUGGUUAUGUUCACCAAUGAAUCAUUUGUAUUUAUAACCAUUUUCAAAGGGUUGGGUUCAAGCAUUGUGGUAGCUAUGUUUGUCGGUUGUUUAUUUAUUCCAACGCUUCUCAGUAUCUUUGGGCCGAAUACAGGAAAAAUAUGGUCAGAUAAAGUGGAAAAGAAAAUAGAUAUGACGGCGACUGCGAAUGGACAUCAUGCGCAAGAACUUGGUCAAAGAAAUAACGCUGACGUUGGUCCAGCGGAGUGCACAGAGCGCAUGUUGCUGGAGAUCUCCCUUCAAGAAUGUCUUCAUAAAUGAAUUAUUAACAUAUCGAUGCUGAUGCUGUUUCAAUAUUUCAAAGACUAAAGCUGCAAUUGAGGAGUAACCACUCUCCCCUAUUCCGCAUUGAAUAACGUUUCAUUUUCUACCCGAAUUCUGCAUAUCAAAUAAUAUGAAACGACCUCGAGAAUCUGCUCACCACAUAAUUCCAACUUAAUGCUUUUGGGUUCCGCGUACCAGCCUCUUGAAUCCCGAGUACUCCGUACAUAUAUUCCCUGAAUACCACGAAUAAACUAAAGGGUUGGCGGGGGAGAGAUAGAGGAAUCAGGCUUCCCAAUAUAUGUUGUCGUCAGGUAUAUUAAGCGAUUUCACAGAGACUAAUGACAUAUCCCGAGGCUAUGUCAACACUAGCGCUAUAUUCCAAAAGCGAGACACCUACUUUUUGAUAACCUUUAUGUAAUAUUUUUUGCACCGAAAUGUCUUCAUCGUGCGGGUUCAAUGUCAAACUGACCCAUAUUUAAGUUGUCUCUUGAAAUGCAUAUGACACUUAAGAACUAUAAAAACAAGUGAUCGUUUAAUGCAAAUCUGCAGUUGAGUACAUUUAUAAGUUUAUAAGAUUGCGAGAUUGUUGCUUUUAUUAUUAUUAUGUAAUAUUUACUUCUUUUGAACACCUUUUAAAAUGUAUAAAUCAUAUGUUUUUAGCUUUAAUUCUAUCCUUAUUAUUUAUGCACUAGUCACAUUGAACUGUAUGUUGAACAUUUGUUUACGUGCGCUUACUAUUAUAACAUCAAUAAAUACUUAA